AUGUGUGCAAAGAAACUGAUGUCUGUAGAUAUCACGCUCUCAGUGCUGUUGCUUCUCUCGGCAGCUUUUUUAACUUGCCAUGGUCAAAAAGAACUCCCGACACACCUUGUUUUACCAAAACUAAUCCCGCUACCAGUGAUUAGGGGAAGAGCCCAGCUAAGAACUGUCACUUCGCGAGUCAAAGCCCAUGGUGUGAUGGGAUAUCCAGCUGAUUAUGUAGCUGCGGCACCAGCGAUGUCCUACGUUCCGACUAGAACUGUCUAUCGAUAUACUGGAAAUGCUACUGCAAAUUGGGUCGGCGAAUAUAACCCACUAUUAAGUGGUGGUGUUCGUGGGGCACCUGGUAUACGAAUUCGACUAAAUAUGAGAACUUUCCAGUGGGCUUCUUCUUGGGCUAGACAAAUGAUUGACCAACAGUUACCGAGCUUACAAAUUCCAGACAUUCAUGAAUCAAUUACCCAAUUUAACGGCCAAGUAAGUGUGACCAACGUUCACAUAUCAAAAUUCCGACCUCCAUGCAAUGUUGCCGUUUAUCCAGCAGCACCAAACCGCAUAAUGGUAGCUAUAGACGACUUUGAUAUUGGAGUAACCGGUAAUCUCGGUGGUUCAGUAACUGUUCUUCUUCCAAUACCACUUUGCGGUAUAAUUCAAGCGGAUCUUUAUCAUGUAUCUGUGCGUGUUGGUGUAACUCUUGGCCGUUCUCCGAAUGGUGCGCCUUGCAUUAUCGUUGAUGCAUGUCAAGUUGACAUUGGCUACGUUGAUGUCUGUAUUAUAAAUGGCGGCCUAGUUGGUACCAUUAUCAACUUGCUGUUCAGGAAGGAUGUAGCCAAUUCAGUAAAAAGUAUGGUUCCUGGCCGAAUAUGUAGUGAAAUACCGAAAGUCGUUGCUGAAAAACUGAAUCCUAAGCUACAAAGCAUCCCACAGAGCAUUGCGUUUAACGACAUUGCUAGCAUUGCGCAGAAUCUUCUUCGUUCCAAUGUUCCAGCUUACUGUAAUUCUCCAUACUGCCUAAACCGUAAGGAAGCUAGUGCAACAUCAACAGAAGACUUAAAGAAGAUAAAAGAUGAAAAAGGCACAAAUGAAACAGAGUCUGAAACUUAUGACAAUCCAUUUGCAAGUUCCGAUCAAACAUUUUCAAGGGGUAGAGCCUAUACUUUACGAUACGUUAAAGCUAAGAACCUCAAAAACAAGGCUCUUACGCAGUUCGCUCAUCGUCGAGCAGCAAGACAAGCAGCUCCAACGGUUUUGAAGAGAAAUAUUCAGAUUCAACGGCAACCUUAUGUCAAAACGCCCUUAAUUCCUGUACAG